UCGACCAGUGGGUGAGCUGAGAGCCUGAGAGCCUGAGACUCUACUCAGUAUCAAUAUGGCAGAACAUCAGAUCAUUAACCCUUACGAGCGUCUACAGAUCGUCCACAACUCGGAUGACACGCUCACACGACUCAACCAUCUCCCCACCACCGCUGCAACUGAUGACACCGCCGAUCAAAAGUCCCACACCCUAGUUCUUUCCAAAGACAUCCCACUAAACAUCGUCAACAAAACUUGGGUUCGAAUAUUCCGACCCCCAUCUCACACCUCCUCCGUCAAGCUCCCUCUCAUGGUUUACUUCCAUGGCGGUGGCUUCAUCCUCAGGAGCGCAGCCUCCACAAUCUAUCACGACUUCUGCUCAAACAUGGCCAUUCAACUGCCUGCCUUGAUCGUCUCCGUCGAGCACCGCCUCGCUCCCGAAAGCCGCCUCCCAGCGGCUUAUGAGGAUGCAAUCGAAGCGUUGCACUGGGUUAGGAAACACGCCUCGCAGAGCGUCGUUAAUGGCGAAGACGACUGGUUGAGCAGAGACUCGGUUGAUUUCUCUCGGUGCUAUCUCAUGGGCAGCAGCUCAGGCGCUAAUAUUGCCUUCCAUGCACGAUUACGAGCUCUGACGAUGUUUUCGGAUGCUGCUGAUGAGCCCCUGAAGAUCAUCGGUCUUAUCAUGCACCACCCUUUCUUUGGUGGGUUUCAGAGAACAGAAUCGGAGAUGAGAUUAUUCAACAAUCCGAGAUUUUCCAUGUCAGUUAGCGACUUGAUGUGGGACCUGGCGUUGCCUGUAGGGUCUGAUCGUGAUCAUGGUUACUGCAACCCACUGAAAGUUGGUGAGAGCUGCCAUGGAAUUGGGUUGCUGGGGAGGUGUCUGGUGACUACCUGCGGUGGGGAUCCCCUGAUCGACCGUCAGACGGAGUUCGUGAAGAUGCUGGAGGGAGAGGGUGUAAACGUUUUGGCUCAGUUCGACGAGGAAGGUUACCAUCUGGUGGAGCUCUAUGAACCAGACAAGGCUCAGGCCCUACUUGUUAUAAUAAAAGAUUUCAUUUUUCAGUUGCAGGCUCAAUCGGAAGAGAGCAGUUGAGCUUGUAUAUUUCGUUAUCAUGAAAAUUAAAUAAAGUAAUUGAUGA